ACAUACAGUUUGGUGUUGGAAAGCGCAAAAACGCAGGUACAACACAGUACACUAAGACAUAUUUAUUCCUUGAUCAGAACAAGAAUGGUACAGAGCCAGAGUUGACAUGUAAAGGGCGCGAGUAA